UACCUUGUCCAAUCACCAGCACCACAUCCUCCGCCGGGAGCGAACACACGACCACCAUUUUCAUUUCUCGAUAGCUUACAUCCAAUAAUGGAUCUUCUCCUUCUAGAGAAGACCCUUCUGGGCCUUUUCUUCGCCAUUAUAGUUGCUGCUGUAGUCUCUAAACUACGUGGCAAACGCUUCAAGCUCCCUCCGGGCCCAAUUCCGGUGCCAGUUUUCGGAAACUGGCUUCAAGUCGGCGAUGAUUUGAACCACCGGAAUCUCACCGAAUACGCCAAAAAAUUCGGCGAGAUAUUCUUGCUCAGAAUGGGCCAACGUAAUCUCGUCGUUGUCUCAUCACCGGACCUUGCAAAGGACGUUUUGCACACUCAGGGAGUUGAAUUCGGUUCACGGACACGAAACGUCGUGUUCGAUAUUUUCACCGGUAAAGGCCAAGACAUGGUGUUCACCGUCUACGGCGAGCACUGGCGCAAGAUGCGGCGGAUCAUGACUGUGCCGUUUUUCACCAACAAGGUUGUGCAGCAGUAUCGCCAUGGUUGGGAGGCUGAAGUGGCGGCUGUGAUUGAGGAUGUGAAGAAGAACCCUGAAUCCGCCACUAAUGGGAUUGUUUUAAGGAGGAGAUUGCAAUUAAUGAUGUACAAUAACAUGUACAGGAUCAUGUUUGAUACAAGGUUUGAGAGUGAAGAGGAUCCUACUUUUGUGAAGCUCAAAGCAUUGAAUGGUGAAAGGAGUAGAUUGGCUCAAAGCUUUGAGUAUAAUUAUGGAGAUUUUAUUCCCAUCUUGAGGCCUUUCUUAAGAGGUUACCUUAAGAUCUGCAAGGAGGUUAAGGAGAGAAGAUUACAGCUCUUCAAGGACUAUUUCGUUGAUGAAAGAAAGAAGCUCGCCAGCACAAAGCCAAUGGACAGCAACAGUCUGAAAUGCGCCAUUGAUCACAUUCUUGAAGCUCAGCAAAAGGGAGAGAUCAACGAGGAUAAUGUCCUUUACAUUGUUGAGAACAUCAAUGUUGCUGCAAUUGAAACAACAUUAUGGUCAAUUGAGUGGGGUAUUGCAGAAUUAGUCAAUCACCCUGAGAUCCAGAAGAAACUCCGUGAUGAGAUCGAUACCGUGCUCGGACCAGGAGCGCAAGUCACGGAACCCGACACCCUAAAACUCCCAUACCUUCAGGCCGUGGUUAAAGAAACCCUCCGUCUACGGAUGGCUAUUCCUCUUCUGGUCCCCCAUAUGAACCUCCACGAUGCCAAACUUGGAGGGUACGAUAUUCCUGCCGAAAGCAAGAUCUUGGUCAAUGCUUGGUGGCUAGCUAACAAUCCCGCUCACUGGAAGAAUCCCGAGGAAUUCAGGCCAGAGAGAUUCUUGGAAGAGGAGUCGAAAGUUGAGGCCAAUGGGAAUGACUUCCGGUAUCUCCCAUUUGGUGUCGGUAGAAGGAGCUGCCCUGGAAUCAUACUUGCAUUGCCUAUUCUCGGCAUUACUUUGGGACGUUUGGUGCAGAAUUUCGACCUGUUGCCUCCUCCUGGGCAAUCGAAGAUAGACACCAGUGAGAAAGGUGGCCAAUUCAGUCUGCACAUUUUGAAGCAUUCCACUAUUGUGCUAAAGCCAAGAUCCUUUUAAAAUUUGUGUUGUGAAAAAGAUAAUGAUGUCUGAAUCGGUUCUGUGUUUUUUAUUAUUUUGGCCACAGUUAUAUGAAUAUUUGGAUUUUCCAGUAACAUUCUCUCCUACACUCUUGAUACUUGGUUUGUAGCUACACCGAAGUCUAUAAUUUGCAGAAAGAAAGUUGCUGAUUAAUCGGCCAACAUGGUUGAAUAUUGUACCAUUAUUUUC